CUUCCGGUUCAGGUUUUUCGUCUCUGCCAUAUAAAAAGCUGACGUUCUUCUGUAAUUUCGUUAGUCAGGGGUAGAAGAUAACAUAAAACAGGCAGCGAAAUUAUUGUUCGCUACCUGAGUGUGAGUCAGUGUCUAUAGGAACUCUCCUCCUAACAGGCUUGAAUAUUGUAUAAAAUCCUAAUGAAAAUGUCCGAUCCUAAGGAUGAAAAGGAGGAAGAGAAAACCUAUGGCAGCUGUGAGGGCCCUAAUGCCAUGUAUGUAAAACUGGUCUCUUCUGAUGGUCAUGAAUUUAUUGUCAAAAGAGACCAUGCUCUCACAUCAGGAACCAUAAAAGCUAUGCUUAGUGGACCUGGUCAGUUCUCUGAGAACGAGACUAAUGAGAUCAAUUUCCGUGAGAUUCCCUCCCAUGUUCUCCAGAAGGUGUGCAUGUAUUUUACAUACAAAGUACGAUAUACUAACAGCUCUACUGAAAUCCCAGAAUUCCCUAUAGCCCCAGAAAUAGCUCUUGAGCUAUUGAUGGCAGCCAAUUUUCUGGACUGUUAAUGUUUAAUCAGAUGAAUUUACAGCUGGGAUUUUACUAUUACCCCACCUCCACCCCACACCCUUUCAAAAAUGGAGGAUUGAGAAGAGGAAGAAGAAACUACCAAAACACUUAUUGUCAGCUAAAAUAACAAACAUUUUAUUGUUUGUUUAUUGUGUUCCACCCCCUUGGCUUCAGUAUGUGGAAAGUCUCAUUUCUACCUUUAUCAUCACCACUAUGUGCUGGCCUCCUAAACAGCACAAUUUAAACAAGCGUUAAGUUCUCCAUGAACCAACACAAUUCUAGACCUAUUAGUUUUUUUUUUAUUAUUUCCAGUCCCCCUCCACCUCCAAACUAGUUAAAAUUCUUUAAAUCAAACCUAAACUUAUUCCUCAUACUUCUGUUUUUUUAAUCUUCUAUGUUAUUUUUUUAACCACCUUUUUUUUUCCAAUUUAAAUCUAAAAUUAAUUAGUUAUUUUGUUUAUUUAUUCAUUAAAAAAGUUUUUGCAGUUACCCAAACAAGCCUUUAAUCGUAGUUAUUUUGUCACUAUUGAUAAAUUAACAAGACUGCUAGUUUUUUGGUUUUUACUUUUUUUUUUCUGUCAUACAAAUCUUUUAAAUUCACAACUAUACUUAUGUCCCAUUAACAGUGCAGUGGGUUUUUUUUAUAUAUAUACACACAUUUUUAAAACAACUAUUCAUUUUCUUUAAAUUUACCUCAAGUAUAGAUGUGGAAAUCAAUUUAUUUGUGGGACAAUGAAGAAAAGCAUUAAAAAAAUAAAAUGAGAAAAAAGCCAAAUGUCUUAUUGUUCUUCUGUAGAUGCAUUAAAUGUUAAUUAUAAUUUAUAGAAUUUGACAGUGUAAGAAACAUUGCUGUCUUUUUUUUUUUUUAAGCAAUUACAUUUAUAAAUACUUUUAUCCUAGAAGACUCCAACCAUUAUGGCUUUCUUCUGCAUACAUCAAACCAAUAUCCCUAUGCAGCCAAAACACUAUUUAAUAUGUUGGUUUUGUGUGUGAUUUUCAUGCAAACAAAAAUAGUUUUGCAUUAGGCAACUUUUCUUAAUAACUUCUAUACAGAUUUGUACAAAAAUAUCCCUUUUGAUUUCAUUUUCAGAUCAUACAAUGUACACAUUUUAUAGAAACUGAAUUCUUUAAUGUCAUUCUUGAUGCAACAGACCCCCACUUUAUUACAGGAUUAAAAUACUAUUAAGUCAAAUUACACAAAACAAUUAAACAUUUAGAAAAAGUUACACAUUUGUUUCUAAAAGUGUAGUGUAACUGAAAUUGCCCUAAUAAGAAAUUCUAAAUUAGAAAUUUCCUUAAGAUUAACACCUUCACCUCUAGAUGAACAGGAUGCUGAAGGCUGGUAGUAAAUGGAUAUGAAAAAUUUAGAACAAGCAUGUGUUUUUUACCAAGAACUAGCAACAUAAGUAAUCUUGGUUUGUGGAGAACUUCAACUGUUGCACUAAUUACAACAAUAAUGAUGCUUUAUUAAUUGUUUAUUUUAAUAAAUACAGAAUUUUUUUAACAAAUGAGAACAAAGAAAAUAUCACAGUGAGUGGGAAUGCAGUGGUUUUGGUUGUUUUUUUUUCAGAAAUUUUUCAAUUCAAGAUAUCUGUAAAUAGAAAUAAUCUAUUUAUUAAACUAAUUUUAACUUUAUUCUUGCUGAAUUUAAACAUUCUUGUGGAAUGGACAAAUCUCAUUUCAGAAUUAUUUUAAUUCCACCAUUUUAUUUUUUAUUUUUAUGUCUUGCAUCCUUCUUAUAUCCAACUAAUAAUGGCCUUGUCUAGCUGAAAAUUAUUAUACAAAUAGAUUAAAGACUGCAGCCGACUAGGGUGGUGGUAGUGGCAGGUUACUGAUCUGAACUCUCAAUCAAGUGGAAACAGUUGAUUUAUUCAUGUUGUGGGUUGGACACUUGUAACAAUGCAUUCAUUUGCAAACAUUACAACAAAAUUAUUGUAAUAUUUCUGAGAUUAUCCUUUUAACACUUUUUCUUUUUUUACAUUGGUUUGCCUGAUUAAAAAUAAUUUUUGAGGGUGGGAGGUAUUUAAAUAUAUAACACCAUGUUUGUGUCACUGCCAGCUUCAUAUUGCUGUUACUAGUUUUUCUUUUUCAUUUUGUAAUAAAUCUUGAUGACUAUUGUCACGUUUUCCAUGUGAGGGACAGCAUCCUAUUAUCAAGCAAACAUCUUGGGAUAAAGAAAAUGUAUAUGAACAGUUAUGCAUACUGAUAGUACAUCCUUGCUUCCCUGCUCUUAAUAUAUACAUAAAUGGAGAUAGGGAUGAAACCUAACCAUUCGGUUUGCCAACUUAUGCAUUGCUGCUCAGCACCAGGUCUGGCUCUUGUGAUACUAUUUUAUCUCAGACAACUACUGAAUGAUAGACUGUAAAUGUUUUAGCAUACUGUAUUACUGAGAUAUAGCCUAGAACUUUUUCCUCUUGCCACUUGUAAUAGCUGCUUGUUUUCAUCAUUUUGUUGCAGAAUACAUGAAACAAUUCUCAUGUAAAAUACAAAAAAUUCUACCUUGAGAUAGCAACUAUAGAAAAUGUUACAAAGAUGAUAAUGUCGAGUAAUUUUUCUUUCCCCAACCCCUUUUUUUUUAAUAAGGUGUUUGUGUUUGCUCCUCUGCCCCCAACUAGAUGUGCACCUUCUUUGUUUUCAAAAAGAUAAAUGAAAGCACAAGGUGUGUUGGCUGUUCAGCUUUCCAAGAACUGAAACAAAUGGAGUGCAACUGCCUGUUUUUUUGCCUAGAGAGCAGAGAGAUAAUGAAAUAGCAACAGUCCAGUAAAUCAGCUAUUGGAAAUUUUUGCUGAAGUGGUAGUUGAGGGAUUGAAAUUGCCUUCUCCAAACCAACAUGAGGAGACAAGUGUUCUGAUGUUCAUAUAAUAGGUAUGUCAUAAGGCUAGUAAAGUAAAACAAAUGAUUCUAUCCAAAAAUGAAGUCUUGGUCAGGUCUUAAAUCUAGGCUUAACUACUUUCCAUCAGUGUACCACUUUUACUUAAUAAGAAGUAAUGUUAAAUUUUAAAUCUUCACAAACUGAGAUAUACUUACUUUCUAAUGUGCAUUAUCUCAAUGUAACUGAAGCCAAGGAACAAGGUAACUAACACUCCAGCUUGGCUGGCAUAUCUGUAAUAAAAGAAUUCAUUAUUUUUUUUCCUCAUGUGAUCCAAAGCGUGUUGGUUUAUUUUAUUUAUAUCAAAUUUCAAAUAGUCUGUACUAUGCAUUAUCUGCUUACACUUAAUAAUUUGUACUAUGCAUUAUCUACUUACUUUCAAUGUCUAUUUGUUUUCUUAGAAUUUGGGUGCAAAUUAUUUCCCUUCUGACUUGUUUCAAUAAAAAAAAAAAAUUCAGACCUUGCUCAAUUUUCAUAAAAGCCUGGAAGUCUCUUGUUAUGGCUUACAAUAAACAGAACGUUGGUUACUUGA